UAGGAGGAAGAGCAGCUCAAACAGAAGGAGCAAUAGUAACACAAUAUAUCUAUGUAUAAUUCUAAAUUGGGAAUUCCAGAUGGGGUCGGCUCUUCAGUCUACCGAUAUCGAGAACAAGCUGGUAGACUUGUCCGGGGUAGUUCUGAAGCCAGGAGAGAAUCCUUACAAUGCCCUAAUAGAAACCUGCGAUGAUGAACCAGCGAAAAUCCAGAAGCUAUAUGCCGCCCACCGCGUAAAGCGUAACGCGCAGCAGAGAGCCAAGUUUCUCGCCUCUGACUACACGGGGCUGAUCAUAGAUCAGUAUCUGCUGCGAUUGGAAAAUCCCCAGAUAGAGCCUGGCUUUGACCCAAGAUAUUGCAUGACCUUCUGGGGUCGACCUCCAAUCCACGCACUAGAACUCGCAGAAGCAAUUCAGAAUAGGCUCAAAGCUGUUGCGCCAGCAAUCUGGCUCAUGCCCCUCCACCGCAUGCACAUCACCACGCUAGAAGUAGCUUUCUCCCGCACACCCGCCGAGAUCGAAGCGCUCAAGGAGACGCUGAAACCCGCCAUCCCGCACAUAGCGAGCUACACGCACCGCCACCGGUCGCGGCUCGUCAAGCCCAUGAUAUCAUACGACUUAUCCGCAUUCGCGCUAUCGUUCCUCCCAGCUGCCAGCGAGCCACCACUCUCGCCCGCCCCGACGGCGCCCGACAGCGUCGAGGUGCUGCGAAAAGGCGACUCGUACACGUACCACCACCUACGACGAGACGUGUGGGAGCAGGCCAAGGAUGCCGGUGUGACGGUUAGCUCGCGGUAUGUUGUGCCCAGCGCGCAUAUCACGCUUGGUCGGUAUCUCACGGAUGCGGACCAUGCGACGUCUGAGCAGAGGCAGAAGUGGGUUGAUACAAUUGACGAGAUCAAUGCGUGGUUGGAGGCGGAGGUGUGGGAUAACGCCGAUUCGAAGCUGAUUGGGGAAUGGAUUAUCGGUCAGGAGAAGGGCUUGGACGUGCGGGUCGGGACGCUGUGGUAUGGUGGCGGUCGGACAGUUCAGAUGGGUGAGGGGUUCUAAGUAUUCAGUUAGGCAUUAGAUUAGGAAGAUCCCGCUCAUCAUGUUUAGGUAGUCUUUAGAAUCAAUAUGGCGGAUUAAUCUCGAAAGAUCCCUCUAUGGACUUCAUAAAUACCAAAUUCAUCUAUGCAGGGUCCAGAAGCACCUAGUAGAAUUUAAAGACCAGAAAUUAUAU